AUGGUUGUUGAUGUCAUUCACCCUGCCCGUCCCAGCAUCUCCAAGGAUGAGCUCCGUGAGAAGCUCGCAAAGAUGUACAAGGCCAACAAGGAAGUCAUUUCCGUCUUCGGUUUCAAGACCCACUUUGGUGGUGGAAAGACCACUGGCUUCGCUCUUAUCUACGACAACGUUGAGGCUUUGAAGAAGUUCGAGCCCAAGUACCGUCUUGUUCGCAUUGGUUUGGCCGAAGCUCCCAAGGGUGGCCGCAAGCAACGCAAGGAAAAGAAGAACCGUGCCAAGAAGUUCCGUGGUACCAAGAAGGCCAAGGCUGCUUCUGGCAAGAAAUAA